AUGGAUGAAAGCGCACUCGCAAGAGUUGACGCUCAGCGAGUUGAGCUUGAGGCCAACAUCGCAAAGCUACGCAAGUCACUGCGUCACUGGCAAACCCUCGAGAUUGAUUAUGAAGGGCUCAAAGAAGAGUUUAUGGCACUUGAUGACGCUGCCACCAUUGACGAAUGUAUGCAGAUAGGAUUGGACUUCAAAGCCGAGCUUGUCGACGAGCAAGAGCUUCACACCCUCCUGAGGGACAGUAGCGCUCGUCCAAGGAAGCCUUCACAGCUUGCAGAAGUCCUGUCCAAACGUGUCGAUUACGUGGUUCACAAUGUCGACUCGCUUAGAAAGCAACUUUCAGAUGCCGAAAAAAAGCGAAAUGCUCUUUUACUCGUUGGCGAUCCCGACCAUCGCGAUGAUGCCGGCCUUCCUCUUGCAGAGAUCACCGAGGAACUGGAUGACUCAGGAAACAUCAUCUCUAGCAAAGUGAAAGUUCCUGGCAGUGAUACAGACCAACUUGUUGAUGUACUCAAGAAAGCUGGAAUUCAGGAUCUGGAGACCCGGGAUGGUGUAGUAUCUAUUCCCAAUCCCCCAAGCACCCAAGGCCAGAAGCCUUCCGAAAUCCAAGAAAGCGUGGCAGACUCUUCGACUGUAGCCAAUUAUGGCCCCAGCCAGCAUUCUAAAGUGGGUCUCUCGGAGGUGGGUGACACUGAAGAAGAAGCUGCAUUACGGAGCGAGAUUAUGGAUUAUCGAAACGGGCUAGAUGAUGUUGGAGCCAUUGUGGCAGAGCUGGACUUGGAGGAAGAAGGCUCCGACAUUUCCUUCGACGAAAAUGAUGUCAAUUUUGAGAUUGACCCCGAAUUUGACGAGGACGAUGAUGACGAUGAAGAUGAUCUAGGGUCUGAGGAUGAAUCCGGAAGGAGCACUGACCGUCUUCACCUCUCUAAGUCGUAUCAGCGGAAAAUGGAAGAGCUUCAGGUGAAGUUAGGCCUCAAGAAUGUCGGGCCUGAAGGACUGGAGAAUGCCACACUUGUCGUUCCCGCAAAAGACGAAAGACCUCCGGCCGCGGAAGCAGCUCGGAAAGCAGCGCUUGCUAGGCAGGAAGAAGCGUUGAAGAGCAACCCGAAGGCCUCUGAGGACGAUGCAAAAACUCUAAGGUCUUCGAUAAAAAAGAAUGGAAAAGCCAAAAAGAGCGUCGCGUUCUCGUCAGAGUUGGACAUUGCUCCUCAGACAUUGCCUAUUGUCUCGAAGCCCAUAAAUCAGAGCCAACUGGAAGAUAGGCCAAAGGCCAGACCUAUCGCUGACACCAUUAUUGAACGUCCGGAGGCAGCCUCACUGACAGGUGAUGGCGAUGAAGAUCAGGUUCCUGUCGCUCCCUCCACCAUUCCGCUAAGGCAGUCACGCUUUAAGUCUGCUCGUCAAGGUCAGUCAGGGGGCUUCAAUGUCGUGCCGAAUGCGCCCCAGUAUCAGUCCCUCAUCCCUCAUCCACCAUCACAGGUCAUUUCUCCAAUGGUGGUGGAGAGGACGAAGCCCAACGACCCAAAGGCUCCUGAUGAUGAUGACUUUGAUGAGGGCAUGCACCGGGCUGAGAUCAACUCAGAAUACCAACGACAUCGGAUAAGAAGAAUACUCGCACAAGAUGGCGGUUUUGUUGGGAAUGGGGAGGAUGAUGUUUAUGGUGAAGAAAUGACACCUCCGAUGGAAGAUGGACGAAAGAUCAGUCGUUUUAAAGCCGCCAGACUGAACAGAUGAUUGCCAACAACCCGGACCGCAGC